AUGGCACUCAUUAUGUUCAGUGAAUACGGCGCAACGCUGACUGGCCUGGCCGUCCUGAUUCUCGCGGCUGGCCUGGUUGGAAAUGCUGUCUACCGGUUGUACUUCCAUCCACUAAGCAAAUUUCCGGGCCCGAAGCUUGCGGCCAUCACAACUCUGUAUGAGGGCUACUAUGAUGUCGUUCACCAAGGACGGUACCUUUGGGAGAUGGAGAAAAUGCACAAGAAAUAUGGGCCCAUCGUGCGCAUUGGACCCAACGAGCUGCACGUCUUAGACUCUUCAUGGUACAACACUUUGUACAACAUGUCGAAUCGCUUCGACAAAUACCAGUAUUUCUACUCCAUGCUUGGCAUUCCCGAGGCGACCUUCCCCUGCAUUCACUCCGACGUGCACAAGCUGCGUCGAGCAUCCCUCGUGCCUUUCUUCUCGACAAAAGCCAUCUUGAGCUUCCACGACCAUCUUCAAAGCCUCUCUGACCGUCUCACAGAACGCAUGGAAGACUGCCAGAAGGCGAGAAAGCCUGUCUCGCUCUUCUAUGCCUACCGAUGCAUAUCAGCAGAUAUGAUCAGCGCGUUCAUCUUCGGUCGCUCACUGGGCCUCAUUGACCGUGAAGACUGGGGCAAGAGCUUUUACGCCUCCUGGCGGAGUCUCUGGGAGCUGAGUCCCCUGAUCAGACAGAUCCCCGUGUUGUUAAAGAUCAUCGGGGGCCUCCCGAGAUGGGUGACAGCCGUGACGAGCCCUCUAGCGCUUGAAGUCGUCGAUAUGCAAGCCCAGAUCGACAGAUGGACCAUGGAAGCGCUGUAUGUUGACUCGGAGAAGUGUGAUGCCAGCAAGGACGCAACUAUCCUGUCCGGACUCGUACACAGCGACGUGCUGCCGCCUGAAGAGAAGACCUUGCGUCGCUUGAGCAUCGAGGCCAACAGUCUUUUGGCGGCCGGCUUCGAGACCGCAGGCGCCACCCUCACGCACAUGACCUAUAUGAUCCUGGCCCACCCCAAGAUCAAGCACAAACUGGUCGAGGUGCUCAACGAAGCCAUCCCCGAUCCCACCCAGAUCCCCAAUUGGCAGACCCUCGAGAACAUUCCCUACCUCCGCGCUGUUGUUAAGGAGUCGGUCCGUUCAUCCAUAGGAGCCUACUCGCGCCUCCCCCGCGUGCUCUCCAGACCCCUCACCUACGCCCAAUACACCAUCCCUGCCGGCGCCGCCGUCGGCAUGUCCGCUCUCUUCAUCGAGCGCGACCCCACCAUCUUCCCCAACCCAGAAACCUUCCUCCCCGAGCGCUGGCUCGACCCCACCACCGGCGCGGCCACAAAGCUCGAAAAGUAUCUCGCGGCCUUCGGCAAGGGCAGCCGCGACUGCAUUGGUCGCGAGCUGGGGUAUGCAGAGCUGUACAGCAUCGUGGCCACGAUCUUCAGGAGGUUUGGUGCGGAGUUGGAGCUGUUUGAGACGGGGCGGGAGGAGGUCGAGGCCGUGCAUGAUUAUUUUGCGGGGAUGGUGCGGUGGGAUGGGAAGAGGUGGGAUGGGUUGAAGGUUCGGUUUAGGAGGCGAAGGCGCAACGAACGGCCGGAAAAGGGGGGAAGUGGAUGA